GGCCCGAGCCGAGUCGAGAUGGCUGCCUGAUAGGACACGAUAUUCUUUCGAAUUUUCUCAUCUGAUACCAUGUCUCAAUACAGUGUCUGCUACAAGCAAGAGCAAGCUCAUGAGGACAGUAUCUGGACAGUGGCAUGGGGAACAAGUGAUAAAGAUGGUAUAGAGAAUAUCAUUAGUGGUGCUGUUGAUGAUAUGGUCAAAUGCUGGAGAUGGAAUGAAGAAAAAUUGGAACCUAGAUUUAAUUUUGAAGGUCAUCAACUUGGUGUGGUGUCAGUGGAUAUUAAUUUAACUGGGACAAUUGCUGCAUCAAGUUCACUGGACAGUCAUAUCAGAAUAUGGGAUUUAGAGUCUGGGAAACAACUGAAAGCCAUUGAUUGUGGUCCAGUGGACACAUGGACUGUGGCAUUUUCUCCAGACUCUAAACUUAUAGCAACUGGAAGCCAUGCUGGAAAAAUUAACUUGAUUGGUGUGGAAAGUGGCAAAAAAGAAAGUGCUUUGGAUACAAGAGGAAAAUUCACCAUGAGCAUAGCUUAUAGUCCUGAUGGUCAUUACAUUGCUUGUGGAGCCAUUGAUGGAAUAAUCAAUAUUUUCGACCUGACAACAGGAAAGUUACUUCACACUCUUGAAGGUCAUGCCAUGCCCAUCAGAUCUUUGACAUUUUCACCUGACUCCCAGCUUUUGAUUACUGCUUCAGAUGACAACCAUAUCAAGAUGUAUGAUGUACAACAUGCUAACUUAGCUGGGACUCUGUCAGGACAUGGUUCAUGGGUGCUUGGAGUUUCAUUUUGUCCAGACAACACACACUUCGUCUCAAGUUCCAGUGACAAGACAGUAAAAGUUUGGGAUGCAGGCUCACGGCAGUGUAUUCAGACAUUUUAUGAACACAAUGAUCAGGUUUGGGGAGUGAAGUAUAACGCCACAGGCUCCAAGAUUGUCUCCGUUUCUGACGACAAAUCCAUUAUUGUUUAUAACUGUCCUCUGUAACCUUUCAUGUAUUAUGUUUUCUCCUGUAAUAAAAAGUGAAUUAAAUCGGUUCUAUUUCUUUUGA